GUGAAAACUCGCACGCCGUCUGUCAGUUGGCGAAAAAAAAAAUUAUCGUCCGUCGCCGCGGCAGAUCCAUCAAAAUCUAGAUUGCGUACGUACGCGGAAAGUUCGCUGCUUCGAUUUGGUUUCUUCCGGUGUGAAAGGGAAAUUUAAUCCAUCCGGUAGCGAAGAUACUGGAGUUUGAUUUGAGUGGUUUCGGCACCGACGGGAAAACUACCGGUCAGUGAAGGUGCUAAUUCCGGUUUCCAUUUUGCCCCAGUAUAUGCAGAGUGUAUUUAGCUAAGCGAAGACGACAAACGUCUAGUUCCAGUUCGAGCUUUUGGAAACAACCUAAAAAUGGCAGAAGGAUAUCUAACCAAGGAACACCUGAAAGGAUUCGAUAAUUACAAGUACAAUGCUCGUGAUACUUCACCGCUCAGUAUUUACGUGAUGCACCCGUUCUGGAAUUGGUUGGUUGAGUAUUUUCCAAAAUGGGUUGCACCCAAUUUGAUGACAUUUGCUGGUUUCCUGUUUACGGUAGCCAACUUCGUGAUGCUUUCCUGGUACGAUUGGGGCUUCUGGGCGAGCACCGAUGUCGAGGGCUCCAAACCGAUUCCGAAUUGGUUUUGGAUGGCGGCUGCUAUCAAUAUCUUUCUGGCUUACACCCUGGACGGCAUCGAUGGCAAGCAGGCUCGUCGCAUCGGUCUAUCUGGGCCGCUAGGGGAACUGUUCGACCAUGGGCUGGACUCGUACUCGGCAUUUUUCAUACCCGGUUGUCUGUAUAGUAUUUUUGGCCGUGGUGAAUUGUCGGUACCACCGAUUCGGAUGUACUAUAUCAUGUGGACGAUUUUCUUCAACUUUUACCUUUCACAUUGGGAAAAAUACAAUACGGGCGUGUUGUAUUUGCCAUGGGGUUAUGAUCUUGGCAUGUGGGGAUCGGUCCUAAUGUACCUGGCAACAUGGCAGUAUGGCUAUGAGGUGUGGAAAACCGAACUUCCCUGGGGAAUUUCAACUGGACAGUUGAUGGAACUCGCGCUGCACAUAAGCGCAAUGUCCAACCUUCCGAUGGUUAUGUACAAUAUGUAUAGAUCGUAUAAAGAUCGCACCGGAAAGAUGCGCUCAACAAAAGAAGCCCUGCGGCCACUCUUUACUUAUGGAACGUUCAUGUUGGUGUCCCUGCUUUGGGUAUUUGUCUCUCCGAACGAUAUUAUGAAUAGGGAUCCUCGGGCCGUUUACAUCUUAAGUGGAACCAUCUUCAGUAACAUAAGCUGUCGGUUAAUUGUUUCCCAAAUGUCCAACACCAUAAGUGAAACAUUUAACUGGAUGACAGGGGUGUUGUGUUUGGCUGUUCUCGCAAGUAUUACAAUGCCCUUCCUCGAACGACCUUUGCUGUACUUAUUGGUUGUCGGAUCAUCGUUGGCGCACUGGCAUUACGGAUCGGUUGUUGUGCAGCAAAUGUGUGAACAUUUCGGUAGAAUUUGCUUCAAGGUAACAAAACCAAAGGAAAUCAAACAGUAAAGUUGAAGUCAAUUGUGCUGACAAUCCCAGCCAAACUAUUAAAACAGGCAAAUUCGACCUCUCUAGUUGAUUUUCAAAUCUAUCGUACGCAUCACUUGUAAAAAUAUGUUUGGCCAGAAUUAGUUUCCCGAAUGCGACUCUAGUGUAGAUAGAAAGCGAAAAAAGUUCAAGUAACUAAUUUUAGUUAAUUUAUUCUAGUUUUAAAGUUUGACUUACCGCUACUACAGCCCAGUACUAGAUUUGCUAACAACAGUUUUAUUUUUGCACUUAGUACAAACCUCGAAUACUAUGCAGCUGCUCUCGAACUUGCUUAACAUUUUUGUUCGUAACGAAAAAAAAAAUCUUACACCUAAGGCAUUUGACAAAUUACUAUUCCAAAGAAUCCAUAGAAUAGAAAAUAUGAAAGUCGUAUAUCGCUUUAAGAGCGAAAGUAACAUACAUUGUGAUUGAUGUAAAAAUAUACAACAAAUUAAAAAAAUUAACAUCACGACAAUAAGGAAUCCAUCUUUGUCCAAGUAUUUCAGUCUGCCUCGUACUGGCACAGCCUCAAUCAACUUUUAAUAGAAAGUUUUUAAUUUCGUUUUUAUUUAAGGACGUGCCAUUUUGUUUUCAAGGUCUACUUAAAUAGGUAUUCUUCUCGUUUGCCAUCUUUUCCGAUAAAACUAUGACAGCUACUUAUAAUACAGUAGUUGUAGCAACUCAAUGACAUUAUCGAUUUAACUGUGCACAUAAAUGUAUAUACUCAUACUAAACAAACGCAGAACACUCUCAUCUUUGCAGGAAUUGAAAUUCGUAUUGUAAACGCAUUUUUUUAUUAUUCUUCCAAUAGAAAACCGGUAUCAGAUAAUAAAGUGAUGUAUUGUAUCUAACAGCUCUGUGGCAUUAUUAUGUUAUGAAAUGCACCCGGCAAGUAUGCCAUUAAACGCUUAUACUAUAAACUUAGGCAACAUAAUUAAAUCAAUCUUCAAAGAGUACAUGGAGACGUUUGCGUACGUAUCUUAACUUCGAUUUCUAACGGUGAGCACUUAACUGUAUAGAUGUCAACAUUUUGUUGUAGAAUGGUCAGUUUCUUCCAAGAAAGUUUGGAUUAAAAUGU